CAGUCUCGCGGGAAGUUAGAGGCCGGCAUGGGACGGCCCGCAGAGGCUCCUGUCGGGGAGGCAGGGGUCGGAGGCGUUUGAUCCCGGCCCGGCCGCCUCGGAGAGCCAUGAAUCCGGGGCUGGAUGCGGCGCGGCUGCCUCCGGCCAAGAGAAGGAUCACGUGACCGCCGAGCCGCUUUGAUGAUGCUUUUUGGUGGGGGAGUCUGGGGAGUCGGCGGCCGGAGCUGACCUGUCUGGAGCGACUUUUACUUUGGGAGGCGGCAACUCGGAGCGCGGGGGGAGCCGGGAAUGCCCCGGCGGGAAGAGGCCGCUCCCCGCUCGUGGGGUUCGGGUGCCAUGUGACCAGGGAGGUGCUCGGGUGAUGUUGAGGUCUGCUUGGAUCCCAGACAAAGAUUGAGAGAGAACCAGAGACCACGAGAGGGGCAGAGGCGGUCCCCGCGCCCACUGCCACUAUGUCCGGCUCGGCCCAGCCCGUGACACAGAGCUGGCGGUCCUCGGAGCCCCGCUACCCUCCCCACGCCAUCUCCUACCCGGUGCAGAUUGCCCGGCCGCAUUCGGAAGUGGGCCUCCUGGAGUACCAGCACCAUCCCCGGGACUACGCUCCCCACCUGUCCCCAGGAUCCAUCAUCCAGCCCCAGCGCCGGCGGCCUUCGCUGCUGUCCGAGUUCCAGCCUGGGAAUGAGAGGUCCCAGGAGUUACACCUGCGGCCCGAGACCCACUCUUACCUGCCGGACCUGAGCAAAUCCGAAAUCGAAUUCAUUGAGACGAAGCGGCCUCGGCUGGAGCUGCUGCAGGAGCCCCUGCUCCGGCCCUCCCCUCUGCUGGCCCAGCACGGCGGCUCGGAGGAGCUCUCCAAGGACCGAAGCCUGGCCAGCAAGCUGGAGCCCGUGUCGCCGGCGAGCCCCGCCCACCCUGAGUCCGAGCUGGACCUCUUACCGCCCCGGCUGUCCAAGGAAGAGCUGAUCCAGAACAUGGACCGGGUGGACCGGGAGAUCACCAUGGUGGAGCAGCAGAUCUCCAAGCUGAAGAAGAAGCAGCAACAGCUGGAAGAGGAGGCCGCCAAGCCCCCGGAGCCCGAGAAGCCGGUGUCGCCCCCGCCCAUCGAGUCCAAGCACCGCAGCCUGGUCCAGAUCAUCUACGACGAGAACCGAAAGAAAGCAGAAGCUGCCCACAGGAUCCUGGAAGGCCUGGGCCCUCAAGUGGAGCUGCCCUUGUACAACCAGCCCUCGGACACCAGGCAGUAUCAUGAAAACAUUAAAAUAAACCAAGCAAUGCGGAAGAAGCUCAUUCUGUACUUUAAGAGGAGAAACCAUGCUCGGAAGCAGUGGGAGCAGAAGUUUUGCCAGCGCUACGACCAGCUGAUGGAAGCCUGGGAGAAGAAGGUGGAGCGCAUCGAGAACAACCCUCGUCGGCGCGCCAAGGAGAGCAAGGUCCGCGAGUACUAUGAGAAGCAGUUCCCCGAGAUCCGGAAGCAGAGGGAGCUCCAGGAGCGCAUGCAGAGCAGGGUAGGACAGAGGGGCGGCGGCCUGUCCAUGUCCGCGGCUCGGAGUGAGCACGAAGUGUCGGAGAUCAUCGACGGACUCUCCGAGCAAGAGAACCUCGAGAAGCAGAUGCGCCAGCUGGCCGUGAUCCCCCCGAUGCUGUACGACGCCGACCAGCAGCGGAUCAAGUUCAUCAACAUGAACGGUCUCAUGGACGACCCCAUGAAGGUCUACAAGGACCGGCAGGUGAUGAACAUGUGGAGCGAGCAGGAGAAGGACACCUUCCGGGAAAAGUUCAUGCAGCACCCCAAGAAUUUCGGCCUCAUCGCUUCGUUCCUCGAGAGAAAGACCGUGGCCGAGUGCGUCCUGUAUUACUACCUGACCAAGAAGAAUGAGAACUACAAGAGUCUCGUGAGGCGCAGCUACAGGCGGCGCGGGAAGAGCCAGCAGCAGCAGCAACAGCAGCAGCAACAGCAGCAGCAGCAGCAGCAGAUGCCCCGAGGCAGCCAGGAGGAGAAGGAGGAGAAGGAGAAGGAGAAAGAGGGGGAGAAGGAGGAAGACAAGCCGGAGGCGGAGAAUGACAAAGAGGAGCUGACCAAGGAGAAGACGGAUGACACCUCCGGGGAGGACAAUGAUGAAAAGGAAGCAGUCACUUCCAAAGGUCGAAAAACUGCCAACAGCCAGGGCAGGCGCAAGGGCCGCAUCACCCGCUCGAUGGCCAAUGAGGCUAACAAUGAAGAGGCAGCUACACCUCAGCAGAGCGCAGAACUGGCUUCCUUGGAAAUGAAUGAGAGUUCUCGCUGGACCGAGGAAGAGAUGGAUACUGCUAAAAAAGGUCUCCUGGAACAUGGGCGGAACUGGUCAGCCAUCGCCAGGAUGGUGGGGUCCAAGACAGUAUCCCAGUGUAAAAACUUCUACUUUAACUACAAGAAGAGACAGAAUCUGGAUGAAAUCCUUCAGCAGCACAAGCUAAAAAUGGAGAAGGAGAGAAACGCUCGCCGCAAGAAGAAAAAAACUGAAGCCGUGCCCAGCGAGGAGACCCCGUUCCCUCCGGUGGUGGAGGACGAGGAGAUGGAGGCCUCGGGAAUGAGCGGCAACGAGGAAGAGAUGGCGGAGGAGGCAGAUGCUGCAGUGAACAACAGCUCGGACACGGAGAGCAUCCCUUCCCCAAGGGCGGACGCCAAAGAGAAUGGCCAGAAUGGGCCAAAGCCGGCGCCCGCCCCCAGCAGUGAGGCCGGGGCGGGGACAGAGCCCCCUUCCAAGAUGGAGGAGACGGCCCCCGGCACCCCCACCCCUGCGGACCCCUCCGCUCCCUCUGUGCUCCCUGCCGACCCUCCGGCCCCCGCGGCUCCCAGCCCCGCAGCAGCCCCCACCGCCCAGGCAGCAGCCCCCGAAGAGCCCGACCAGGACCCCGGCGAGGAGGAGAAGCCCUCAGAGGAGCUGGUGGUCGAUGUGGUGAAGACGGAAGAGGAGGAGGAAGAGGGGGCAGCUGAAAUGCCCGGGGAUGAGGCCAUUAAGAAAGAGAUCAAGAGGGAGGCCGAGGAGGAGAGCGCCGAGAAGGCCAAGGGUGGGGAGAAGAAGGAGGAGGCGGGCGCGGGGGCGGCCGAGGGGCCGCUGAAAGUCGAGAAGAAGGAGGGGGGCAAGGCCGCCAAGGGCCCGGGCACCAACCCGGACAGCGACUCCAGUGCCACGUGCAGCGCCGACGAAGUGGACGAGCAGGAAGCCGCCGACAAGAGCAGGCUCCUGUCCCCUCGGCCCAGCCUCUUAAACACCGCCUCCGAUGGCAGGCCCAAUCCUUCGCCUCAGAAACCUCUGGACCUCAAGCAGCUGAAGCAGAGAGCGGCCGCCAUCCCCCCCAUCCAGGUCACCAAAGUCCAUGACUCUGCCCGGGAGGAAGCGACCCCGGGAAAGCCGGCCCCCCAGGCCCCGCAUCUUCUGCAGCCGGACAGCGAGCCGCCCCAGGCGAGCAGCAGCCCCCGCGGCCAGAGCAGGAGCCCCGCCGUGGCGGAGAAGGAGGAAAAGCCGGUAUAUUUCUCCUCCUUCCCAGAGGGCCAGAAGCUGAGUGGGGAGCCUGCUCCAUGCUGGCCCCCGGCCCUCCCUUUCCCGGUGCCUUCUCGAGAAGUGAUCAAGAGCUCCCCACAGCUGGAACCCCCUGGCUUCCAGUACAACCCACCCAGUCACCCCAUCUCGCUCAACCUGCACGACGGCGCCAGGUCCAGCCUGCAGAGAGUGCCCGGCAUCUCCAACCCGCCCCCCCUCAUCUCCUCCACCAAACACCCCGUUGUCCUGGAGAGGCCUGUGAGCUCCCAGGGAGUACCGAUCCAGCUGCAUGCCCCAUACUCCGAGCACGCCAAAGCUCCUGUGGGCUCCAUCACCAUGGGUCUGCCCUUGACUAUGGACCCAAAAAAACUGGUGCCUUUCCCUGGAGUGAAGCAGGAGCAGCUGUCUCCGAGGAGCCAGGCCGGCCAGCCCGAGACCCUGGUGAUGCCCGCGGCCCAGGAGACGUCGGUGCUCAGAGGGACAAGCCUGGGCUCCGCUCCAGGAGGAAGCAUCACCAAAGGCAUUCCCGGCAGCCGGCCGCCCUCGGAGAGCCCCAUCACCUACCGAGGCUCCAUCACACAUGGCACUCCAGCUGACGUCCUCUACAAAGGAACCAUCACCAGGAUCAUCGGAGAAGACAGCCCCAGCCGCGUGGACAAAGGCAGAGAGGACGCCCUGCCCAAAGGACACGUCAUCUAUGAGGGCAAGAAGGGCCACGUCCUUUCCUACGAUGGCGUGAUGUCUGUGUCUCCAUGCCCUAAGGAGGACGGAAGAAACAGCUCGGGAGCGUCCCACGAGACGUCUGCCUCGAAGCGCACUUAUGACAUGAUGGAGGGACGCAUUGGCCGGGGGCUGAAUCGCGACCUCUCCACCGGCAUUGAAGGUGCCAUCUCACCACCCUUCACCUCCCUAGGGCUCAUGGGCCGAGCCAUCCCGCCCGACCGACACAGUCCCCACCACCUGAAGGAGCAGCACCACAGCCGGGGCUCCAUCACACAAGGCAUCCCUCGCUCCUACGUGGAGGCCCAGGAGGACUACCUGCGGAGGGAGGCCAAGCAUCUGAAGCGAGAGAGCACCCCGCCUCGGGACCUGCCCGACCCCUACAAAGUGAGGCCCCUGGAGGGACUGACCCCGCUGAAGAUCAAGGGGCACGAGGGCCUGGUGGCCACCGUGAAGGAGGCGGGCCGUUCCAUCCACGAGAUCCCUCGGGAGGAGCUGCGGCACACGCCUGACCUCCCCGGCCCUCCGCGGCCCCUCAAGGAAGGCUCCAUCACCCAGGGCACGCCUCUGAAAUACGACAGUGGCGGCUCCUCCGGCAGCUCCAAAAAGCACGACGUCCGCUCCAUCAUCGGCAGCCCCGGCAGGACGUUCCACCCCGUACACCCUCUCGAUGUGAUCCAGGAUCCCCGGGCCCUGGACCGCUGCUAUGAGGAGACCCUCAAGAGCCGGCCCAGCUCCGUCACCAGCUCCGGAGGCUCUAUCACCCGAGGGGCACCCGUGAUUGUGCCUGAGCUGGGGAAGCCCCGCCAGAGCCCUCUGGCUUACGAGGACCACACGACGGCUUUCAGCAGCCAUCUGCCCCGGGGCUCUCCUGUAUCUACCCGGGAGUCAACGCCCCGGCAGCAAGAGGGAAGUCUCUCAUCCAGCAAGGGAUCCCAGGAGAGGAAGAUCACGGCCACGCCUCGGGAGCUUGCCAGCUCCAAGUCCCCGCACACUGCAGUGCCGGACCACCAUCCACACCCCAUGUCUCCCUAUGAGCACUUACUCCGAGGUGUGAGCAGCGUGGACUUGUACAGGGGACACAUUCCACUGGCUUUUGACCCCACUGCCAUCCCCCGGGGGAUCCCCCUGGACGCAGCUACCGCCGCUUACUACUUGCCCCGGCACCUGGCCCCAAACCCCACGUACCCACACCUCUACCCACCGUACCUCAUUCGCGGUUACCCAGACACCACAGCCAUGGAGAACAGACAGACCAUCAUCAACGACUACAUCACGUCCCAGCAGAUGCAUCACAAUGCCGCCGCGGCCACCGCCAUGGCCCAGCGGGCUGACAUCAUCCGCAGGGAGUCCUCCCUGGCUCUCAACUAUGCAGCUGGACCCCGGGGAAUCAUUGACUUGUCUCAAGUGCCACACCUGCCAGUGCUGGUGCCCCCCACCCCGGGCACCUCUGCCACCUCCAUUGACCGGAUCACAUAUAUCCCCAGCGCCCCCCCACCCUUCAGCAGCAGACCCAGCCCCUCCCCACUCUCCCCAGGAGGCCCCGCCCACAUCACUAAAGCGACGGGGACUUCUUCCUCCGAGAGGGAGCGAGACCGGGAGCGGGAGCGGGAUCGAGAGCGGGACCGGGAGAAGUCUGUUCUCACGUCCACCACGACUGUGGAGCACGCCCCCAUCUGGCGGCCAGGUACGGAGCAGAGCAGCAGCAGCAGUGGCGGCGGCGGCGGCGGGGGCGGCAGCAGCCGGCCGGCCUCCCAUUCUCACAGCCACCAGCAUUCCCCCAUCUCCCCCCGGACCCAGGAGAACAUCCAGCAGAGACCCAGCGUGCUCCACAACACGGGCAUGAAGGGCAUCAUCUCCUCGGUGGAGAGUCUCACCCCCUCUGUCCUACGGUCCUCCUCGGCCACCUCACCAGUACGCUCCGCAGGCUUCCCGCCGGCCCCGCACUGCCCGCUGGGCGCCAUGGACGGGGGCUACCCCGCCAUCAUCGACCCCACUGUCCUCCAGAAGGAAGCCUCCCGGGCCCCGCGCUCGGAGCGCCCCCGCCUGGAAACCAACCCCUUCAUGCCCAAGCACCCGAGCCGGGCCGGGCUGGAACCCCCGCCGUCCCCCAGCAAGGCCACCGAGCCGAGGUCCCUGGCCUCCUCCGGCCCCGGCUCGGGCUCCAGCUCGGGCCUGGCGUCGGGCCGCGGCGUGGGGAAGGGCCACGCGGCUCACGCCCUGCUGGAGUCUCAGCCCCCGCACCCGGCCUCGGCCGGCGAGCAGCACAGGGACAAGGCUCAGAACAAGGCCUUCAACGUGCAGGACCUGGACCUCCGCGCUCUGGGUUCCUUGAAGUUGUCUGAGACCGGCCACGUCCGGCAGCCCCCAGAGAGCCAACCGUCACCUGGACAGCCCAUGUCGGCUUCUGUGGUCAAGGGUCACCAGCGGGUGGUCACGCUGGCCCAGCACAUAAGCGAGGUGAUCACCCAAGACUACACCCGCCACCACCCCCAGCAGCUCAACUCUCACCUCCCGGCCCCUCUCUACUCCUUUCCUGGGGCCAGUUGCCCCGUGCUGGACUUACGCCGGACGCCCAGCGAGGUCUACCUCCCCCAGCCGGACCAUGGUGCCGCCUCCCGCAUCUCCCCCCAGAGCGAAGGAGGCAAGAGGUCUCCGGAGCAGGGCAAAGCCUCUGCCCUGAGCAGCUCAGAAGAUUGCAUUGAGCCAGUGUCCCCACCAGAGGGCGUGGGGGAGGCUGACCACGGCCGAAGUGCCCCUUACCCGAUGUUGUACCGAGAAGGGGAGCAGGCAGAGCCCAGGAUGGGAUCCAAGUCUCCAGGGAACAAUAGCCAGCCCCCUGCCUUCUUCAGCAAAUUGACCGAGAGCAACUCCGCCAUGGUGAAAUCCAAGAAGCAGGAGAUCAACAAGAAGCUGGGCACCAACAGCCGGAAUGAGCCCGAGUACAAUAUCGGCCAGCCUGGAACAGAGAUCUUCAACAUGCCCGCCAUCACCGGAGCAGGCCUUAUGACUUGUAGAAGCCAGUCGGUUCAGGAGCACGCGAGCACCAACAUGGGGUUGGAAGCAAUUAUUAGGCGGGCCCUAAUGGGUAAAUAUGAUGAUCAGUGGGAAGACCGGUCACCUCUCAGUGCCAAUGCUUUUAACCCUCUGAAUGCCAGUGCGAGCCUGCCCGCUGCUAUGCCCAUAACUGCUGCUGACGGACGGAAUGACCACCCGCUCAUCUCGCCAGGAGGUGGAGGGAAACCAAAGGUUUCGAGCCGGCCCAACAGAAGCAAGGCCAAGUCCCCCGCUCCGGGGCUGUCCUCGGGCGAGCGGCCGGCGUCGGUCUCCUCCGUCCACUCAGAAGGGGACUGUAACCGCAGGACCCCGCUCACCAACCGCGUGUGGGAAGACCGACCCUCCUCCGCAGGUUCCACGCCGUUCCCCUACAACCCGCUCAUCAUGAGGCUCCCGACAAACGUCAUCACUCCCUCGCCCCCCACAGCCAUUCCACAAGGGAACUCGAGCGGGCAGCACCACGCCUGGGACGAGGAGCCCAAGCCCCUGCUCUGUUCACAGUACGAGACCCUCUCAGACAGCGAGUGAAGCGGGAGGAGGCUCGCCGCGGCGGGAGGCCAGGACGGAGACGGCGACAGCCAACGGACCCGGUGGCGUUGAGAAUGAAGCUGGCGGAGCGCCUUCCUCUCCUCCCCACCCCUGGUCCCCCGAGGCUACGGGAAGGGGCGCCCAGAGUCUGUCUGCACCUAUCCACCUGGCAGUCCCGUGUCCUCUUUGGCCCAAAGCCUUAACAAAGCCCCCUUGCCGUGAGGGCAGAAACCCCGGCCGCCGCGGGUGGUAGCUCCCCGCUCCCGGCUGCGUGCGGGGGGUCUCUCCCCUCUGCCCCCUGCUGUGCUCAGCAUCUGUCCAGUCCCAUGGGAGACCACCGACCCAUGAAACGAAUUGACUUUCUCAGGGGAACAAUACCACCUGGUGCUCCACGCCUCCUCUUCAGACUGGGGAGGGGCAGGGAAGUGGGGAAGGCUCGACGUCUCUGCGCGGACGCAGGGCGCGGGUGGGGGGGCGGGCUGUGCCAGCCGAGGAGCGGCCCAGGAUCCGGGACUGGAAGCGGGACGGCCAUUCGUUUCCCUCUCGCCACCUUGUAGCUCCCUGCUUUCCCAGUGCCAGCCAGCAAACCAGCUCCGUCUACUCCCACCCCCACCCCCACCCACCCCCAAAACAAUUUCCUCCCGGUCUGGGACAAAACGCCGGCUCCGCCCCUCCCUUGUGGCAUCCAGAACCAAAGUUCAGUCCACGCCAGCUCGCCCGCCGCUCCUGGAUUCUCCCAGAGCCCGCCGCCAUCGCCGCUUCGAGAUCCCAUCAGCGGCUCUGGGACCCCGGCCCUCCUUCAUGCUCUCCCCCUCUGGAUCUAAUGACGAUCGCCUUCGCUAAAUCAAACUCAGCCUCGGGAAGCCCGAUGCCAAAAUGCAGGUCGUGGGGGGCAGCCGGCGGGCAGGGGAGGACGGAGCGCCGACCUGUGGGCGCCAGCCGGCCCCGGAGGACGGGAACGUCGCGGGCGAGCCGCCGCCGCCCUGCCGAGAGUAGACUGAUUUUCGGACAUCGUUGCUGAAACGGUGGGAAGGAAAGGCAGUUGUAAAUGAUGUAUUGGUCUACAGGGUAUAUUUUUGAUACCUUCAGUGAAUUAUUUCAGAUGUUUUACGUGAGGAAUGACUAAACAGUAUUACAGGCUGCUUUCGGUCUCUGCUUUUACUGCAAAAAAAAAAAAAAAAAAAAAAAAGGCGUCUGCAGGCUUAACCCAUCGUCCCAUUGAGUGGUGUUUCCGUGGGCACGUGGCCCGGCCAUGCCCUCGGUCAGAAGGCGCUUCCUUCCAGGCAGGGCACCAGUGUUCUCCAUUAAAAAGAAAGCCAAUCCCAUUCUAGUUAGAGGUUCCCUCGGCCUCGGGGCUCCAGGGGGCUUCCCGGCUGGGCUGGCUGGGGGAGGGCGAGGGGGCUAUUCCAAGGGGGAGGCAAGAUUCCCCCAAAUUCACAAGACACGUGAACCAGUUCUGUUGUAUUUCCAUGUGUGAUGACAUCUUUUUUUUACAUUUUUUUUCAUUCCAUAAUAUAUCAGACGUUGGAUCAUAUCUGCCAGUUAA